CUUUAUCGCAUAGCACGCUUGAGCAAACUGGCGUUCGAAGAUAAAAAUAUACAGUCAAAUUUUCCCAAACUUCGAGUUGUCAUAAGAACUUCACUGGUUCCUCCUAGUAACGACAAAAUCCGUGACGAUAUGGUCAAGGGUGAAACUGGCCAAAUCAUCGAAGAAUACUUUCCCAGGAAUACUAUUGAAGUCGUCUAUAUUCCAACUGUCAACGACUUCAAAGAUCAAAACAAAUUUAGCAAGUCUGACUGGGAAGCAUUUCAGAGUCUGGCAAGUAACCCACAAAAUUCCCUGAAGAAGAGAAGUUUUGAGGGAAGUAUAAUCGAUGGUGUAACAUUUAAACAGCUCGCUGGCAAGGUUGUGGAAGCAAUAAAUUCCAACGAUUUGUGGAAGGAUUUCGGGGAUUUUUAUGCCACCUUAGAAAGGGACAUUUGCAGACGAACUCAUGAGAAGCACAUCAAGCCAGUAUUAAGGCGAACUUCAAAAGAAAUAAUACACAAGAUGAUUGAAGCUUUGGAUGAAUUUAAAAAGGAUUGUGUCCUAGAAGAUGAAAUAACCAACACCAGGGAAGAACUCAAGGUCACAUUUGAAAAGAAAAGAGAACUAGAGGACGAAGAUAAACGGAGAAGAAAAGAAGAGGAAGAAAACAAAUGGGAACCUUAUUGGACUUGGGCUAAAUGGAUCGGUAUUUAUGCUUUAGGUGCGAUUACCCUUAGCGAUAAAGACCUCAAAUACAACGUAACAACUCUGCCUUACUCUGAGUACAACGAUAUAGGGCUCAGGGGACUGUGCUGGAAAUGGAAUGAAGACGCGAACAAAUCCUUCGGACUGACAGGGGAGGGCUGCGGAGUGAUUGCACAAGAAGUCAUAGUGCUGUAUCCAUGGGCUGUGUUACAGGGAAAGGAUGGCUACUUAAGGGUGCGGUACGAUAUGCUACGUGACAUGAUCUAUGUUGUUCGCAACGGUGGCCAUUAGACGUGUAUGUAGACGUGACGGAGAGACCUUCUUUUUGGUUAGUCCUUCGAGCAAGAAGCAACCAUAAGCGAGAGUAAAAAACGACCAGAAGCGACAGCAGAAGUAUAGUGAGUAGAGGCGCGCAUAUAUAGCUCAAUCAACAAAGCAAGAGGACAAGUUUCGUUUCGAUUUUAGAUUCAUAAUUCUUAAAUGGGAAUUUCGAGGCACUUUCCUUAAGUUGAUUAUCUAAUUAUAACUUUCUCUAUGAUUAUCAAUCAGCUAUCAGCAAAAACUGAUAUUAAGUAUUUCGAAGUUAUCGUUUUGAUUUAUCACAUAUGGUGUGUGAGGCCAAGGCGGCUUUUCCUUUUGUGUGUGUUCAUGGACAAAGACACAGUCGAAGGUAAAACACUAAAAAGGAAAGGAAACAUCGAGGUCAAUAAGCAGCUAUUAUUAUACAGCACAGCAUAUUAAAGGAAAAUCAUUUUUUUUUUUGCUGGAUUUAGUCAAGUUGAUCUGAGCCACGGACGUCAGCCGGAAUUUUAUGUAUUUGCUUUUAGAUCGUUUUUCAACUCCCAGCAAUUGGUUGUAAGGCUCUCAUUUUAGCAUUUACGACCUGAUUUUCUUUUAAAAAUAUAUGUGCUUAAGUACUAUAAUUAUUGUGGAGGUCCCUAGUUCAAACACGCUAUCUUACCAUUGACUAACUUUGCUCACCGCUUUACAUAAAGAACCAAGUUGUUAGCCUUGCGCCGGUUGGGAUUUUUAAUAGUUUAUUUUCAAUUUGUAAUAUUUGUUUGUUUACAAGUUUACAGUGUCGCUAAUUAAGAAGGCUGGCGACAGUUUCCAGCACUUUUCCAACAGCUAUACUUUGAUGGAUGAAUACCUCCUCUGUUUAUCAAAUAAUGCUACAAUGUGGCUAUUACAUAAAUACGCAGCCAUUGGUGUACCAAUAUGGCAAUCUUUAUGGCAUAAUGGGUUACCAUGGCAUCAGUACAACCCGUUAAAAAAACCCCUUAAUUUCAGCAUUAAAUGCUUUUUACUCAAAAACUAGCUCGGUGGCCCUCAAUGUUUUAUUAUCCAGUUGUGAUAAGCAUGAUAAGAUGUAACUUUUUGCAAAGUCUUAAAAAAAUUCUGUUCACUAGGUCCAGAAUUACCCCUAAUAUUUGAACACUCAAGUAGCACUGAACCCCUCCCCACCCCACCCCCAUGACAGAAUUUUUUGCAUUUCAAAGUACAAAACCAAAUUUGAUAAGAAAAAGUGGAGUUACCUUGCUGUGUUUUUUUUUCAAUUUGCAAUAGUUAAGGCUAAACUUAAAGAUGUCUUUAGCAGGUGAUACUUUUACUAUGGCAGCCUAUUGUGUCACAAAAGUUAUAACGACGUGUUCACCAAUGAUUGAGCAGUUUUUUAAUAUCAGCGUCAAUUGAUAAAGAGUGGUUAUAAUGACCCAUCAAAAUCUAAGUCUUGCAUUGAAAGUGCUAGAAACUGUUGCCAGCCACCUCAAGUCAAUUUUUUUUAGGUGUUAUGAUUUCUUUCGCGUGGCAGACAUUUCUUGAAAAGGGUUGUGAAGAAUAAUAUUUCAGAGCCUCUGUAUUGUCGAGAUUCAUUGCGGGAAACCCCAGACGCUAGUCUGCUGUUCAUGUUUCAUUUUUCUUUAAUUCUACCUGCCUAUUUUGCUGGAGUUUUCGCGAACCGAUAUAAAUCAAGUUGGUCAAGUUGGUCAAGUUGGAUCGAUUCAUUUGAUUUUUAUUGUUCUAAAUAUCUGCAUGUUAAUAUUUACUCAAAUUUACGCUUCACCCAAAUUGUACUAGUUUUAUUAAAAUAGAAAUGUUAACAAAUUAGAAUUUUUUGAUCGAGACAAUGUAACAGUUAAAAAUAGUCGCAACCAAAGUUUUUUCGGAAAGAUGAACUAUUUCAAGGCUUUAAUCGAUGUAGCUAAAACGGCAUUUUGCAUAAUAACUUCAUGAUUGUGUCAGACCUUCGAUCGCAAAGAGCCAAACUUGUUAUGGCUUGUAUAAACUGAUUUUGGCUAAGUCGUAUUUAUUUUCAAGUUAAAUGAUUCCAAAAUUAAUUUCGUCUAGCUUCGAAUUCUCGACUUUUAAUUGCCAGUAGGUUUUAAAUAAUUUUAGAUAGGGUUUUCAUAGAUUUUGUAAUUAUUGCAUAUUUUAGAGGACCACAAGUUUAUUAUUUGUAUUCCUAUUAGGUGUUUAACCCUCUAUAAUUAAAUAUUUAUUUUUAUUUUAUUUUUUUAGCUUCAUUAUGCGGUUGUUCUUAAUGCUGUUCUGAAAUUUUCGCAACUCUGCUGAAGAGUCGGUGUUUGUCAUUCGUAUUUUUAAAAGCAAAACUGUUUCAAUAUAUGGUACUAAAAAGUUUCAACGUAGCUCUCAAUGGCUGCAUGUAAACGCCUCGUAGCCACUUUUGAUAUUCCUCACCAUGCCUGUGAUAUUUCCCCACGAUAUUCAACAGUUAUUCCAAUUGGAUUCGAGCAAGAGACUAUGGCAUCAUGGUCUCUUGAUACGAGGUGAUACAAGGCGAUAAAUCUAAUGAAAUAUUUUUUCGAAAUAUUACUCUUACAAUCUCCUCUAAUAGUCGUCAUAUUCUGUGACAAACGAGGAACGUUUCUGGGGAGAUCCGAAAGAAAAGCCUCGCUGAAAAUUGUCUCAAAAUGGCAGAAUCGAGAGUUUGCUGGUUUACGCAGCUGUCGGGAUCGAUAAACUACAAUUGUAUGUUGUUCAGAAUCGAUGAAAUUCACUGAUAAAUGGAAAGAUACACCACAUGUACGUGACCACUAUAUUCCAUACACCUCCAUCAACUUGAAUUUAUUACCAAUUAAGUGUCUUUAUCCUUCUGCUAGCUAUUAGUGACCAAUCUCUCAUUAGUGACAAAUCUUCUCUUUGUACAUAUGCUUUUCAGUAAACGUUCGCCUCCCUGAUAUUAUUUUAUGAUAAUAUGCUUUGUCAGUUCUGCACCUGUACAUGUUGCUAACCGAUAACUAAGACUUUGCUUAUAAGACAUUAGUCUGGAGCCGUUUUUAAAUUCUUUCAUUCUGCAACAAGGCCUCUCCGCUGUCAGCUUCCUUCCCCGCAAACUAAUUACCAUAUAGAGGUGUUAUUAUAAUACUAACGGCAAGUUCCCUUUCUUCGGAGAGUUUUGAGGCUUGUAAGUCAGGCUCAGGAGUAAGACCCUUCAGCAAGUGGAACGCCUCUAUGUUCCACUUCAGCUCUAGCAUCGUGGACACGGACUGUCAAGAAGGGUCGAUUUCAUUGCCAUGGCUCGCUCUUUACGUUUGACCCGGGCAGAGAUGGACCUGGCUUUAGUGCACUUGGGCAACGUGGUAAUAACUUGAACUGACAACAACUUGAUGGAGCUGGCUUUCCAUGGACAACAGGACCCAAGCAAGACAGAGCAGCAAGCAAUCCAAGACACAAUGCAACUAAUGCUGACUUGUCCAUCUUGGUCGAUCACUCGUCACAAUCAUGCAUUAUUUUCCAAUGUAAUUGACGGUAUACUGCUUAGAAACAGUAUCCCUGCUACUCAGAGAGGAGGGUGG